AUGCAAUCUUGUACAGCAAUAGUAUAUGCUGCUAUUGUUUGUUGCUUUCUUUUGCCAUUCAGUGAACAACAAUAUACACCAGAUUGGAAAUCAUUAGAUUCACGUCCAUUACCUGCAUGGUAUGAUGAAAGUAAAAUAGGUAUCUUCAUUCAUUGGGGUGUCUUCAGUGUUCCAUCAAUUGUGUCCGAAUGGAUGUGGUGGGAUUGGAAAGGAGACAAACCAAAUCCCAAACUUGUAGAUUUUAUGAAAAAAAAUUAUCCACCUGAUUGGACAUAUGCCGAUUUUGCUGAACAAUUUCAUGCAGAAUUUUACGAUCCUAACGAAUGGGCUGAUAUAUUUGCUGCAUCUGGUGCAAAAUAUAUUGUCCUCACGAGCAAGCAUCAUGAAGGUUUUACUAUGUGGCCAUCGAAAUAUUCAUUUAAUUGGAAUGCAAUGGAUGUUGGUCCAAAACGAGAUUUACUUGGUAGAUUAUGA